GAUACUUGAGUUAACUUGAGUAAUGAGUGCUCUGCUGCUCUGUGUAUCCUAACCUUAAAUUAAUGAUAGUGAGCCAACAAGUAAACAAUAACGAGAACGUAACGGAAUAAAUAAGAUGACCCAGCGUAUCUAGCAGAUGCAUAUUAUAUAGCUUGACCUAAAGUGCUCCUCGAGAAUGAGCCACAUCGUAAUCGUACGUGCCUUCAAGCCUGGCGACGAGACCGGUUGCAGGAAAUUAAUCAGAGAUUGCGUGAUGUCGUCCCUAAGUGCCACAUUCUGCGGAAUGCUAUUCAAAGAGAUAACAUUUCAGUUGAUUAUUCUGUUGUCCGCAAUAAUGUUUAUCUUCUUCGGGAUGCCGUUAACUGUGUGCCUCUUAGUUGUACCUGUAGUCAUAGCAUUGAUAUAUAUUGGAACAUACGCCACUUUCGCUGCAAAGCUAACGGAGAUCAAUGGAGAGGUGGCUAACAUUCCGAGACUUUACAUGUCGAACGCCUUCUCCUGCUUCUGGGUUGCUGAGGCGUUUGAGCCUUACCUGAUGACACAGCAGCCUAAGGAGGUACAUUAUACUGUAAUGAGGGAAGAACAAUUUUAUCAAGCCAAGUUAGAUGUCUCCUUACAAGCCAAGAAAAUAGUAGGAACUGUCAGUUUAGGCAAGAGUUACAGGUUAGAUCGAAGUGCGUGGAUAAAGAGACUGUGCGUGCAUGAACAAUAUCGGAGAAAAGGUAUAGCAUCAUGCCUACUCAACGAUGCUGUACAAUUUGCGAUUGACGCAGGAUAUAGCUGUGCUAAUAUAGUAGCUUCUGAAUAUACAGAAGAAGGUAGAGAAUUGUGCUUUAAAAAAGGGUUUGAACUUAAACAAAUGUAUCACAAGUCUAUCCUAAGAUCGUAUAUAACAAUAUUAAUGUACGAAUUAACAUAUCAGAUCAAACCGAUGGAGAACAAUUACUCACCUACGUUAAAUUUUGAAAAAGCAUUUUUCACUCAAUUCUAAUGAUAUAUUUUUAUAGUAUGCUAAUUGUGAGAUAACGAAUCUCUUGAAAAGCGAAUGAGACUGAUCAACUGUUACUGUGUUCUCAAUUAAACAAAGUGCUCGAGCCAAAUAGUGAUCUACCUGAAUGUUACGCUUAGUAUUACCUAAAUUUUAGAUUCACUAAUAACGGAGAGAAGGGUAUUAUUUUUUACGAAAUGUUUGUUACGCAUUCCAUGUAUUGUUACAUAUUUCAUAGAAUUCUAUAAAUGAUAUAUAAACAGUAGAAAUAAAAGUAUAUAUUUCUCAUUU